CGAGUCGAGUCUUUGAUACUCCGUCUGCAGACAUACAACUAAAUCCCUCUAGUGUAUCUGGAUCUCUCUGCUCCCUCUUCCCAUGGUUUCCUACUCAGCCCGAUAAUCCCGCCCAAGCAUGCACUCCACCCUCAACCGUGCACAAGCCGUCUUCGGCUUCUUCACGACCGUCGCCCUGUUUGUUGCUGGGCUGGCCGCGCUGUCCGUCUUACUAUAUCCGACCGACGGGGUGACGUCGCAGGUCAAGCUGAAGGAUGUGAAGGUAAUCAAAGGCCGCCCGCACUACUACUCCACCCGCAAAGAAGAGUACGCGCAGAUGCGCUUCGACCUGGACGCCGACCUAACCCCCCUCUUCAACUGGAACACCAAACAACUCUUCGUCUACGUCUACGCAACCUACCCCUCCCACCCCUCCAACGCCUCCUCUACCGCCCUCUCCCACUCCAUCCUCUGGGACACUAUCAUCCCCGCCCCGGAAUCGCCGUACACGUUUGACGCCCUGCGCGAGCGGUUCUUCGGGUCGAAGACGCAAGCGGGAAAGAAGAAGGUGUCCACGCGCAAAUCCGCGAAGCCGAGCAACUCUCAGACUCGCAGCAAGGCGACCGCUCCGCCGGGCGUUCUCCGUCUCCGCGACCAGAAAGCCAAGUACCAGAUCGGGGAUGUCUCUGGGAAGAUGGCUGAGCGGGAGAAUGUCACGUUGAGUGUUGGGUGGAAUGUGCAGCCGUGGGUUGGGGCCUUGUGGUGGAGUCCCGGGUCGGGGAGUGUGCCGCGUACGAAUGGCGCGGUGGGUACGAGUAAGGCGUUUGAUUUGCCGGUGUUGAAGGGGAAGGGUGCUGCGCAGCAACAGCAGCAGAGUAAGGUUGUUGUUUAAGGGACCCGUGGGGGGGGGGGGG